AUGUCGGUGGGCGCCACGGGUCUCGAGAAUCAACAAUCGACUUUCGACAAUUCACAAGCGACGAUCGAUGUGCAAUCUCUUUUCAAAGUUACCAAUAUAAAAUGCGAGUGUUACGAUAGAAGUUUUUGCGACUUUUCGCAGUGCGAAUUAAAGGUUUUGGGUCGUGGAGAAGUGGGAGUAUUCAUUCAUGCCAAGAUGCAUCAGCUACCAUUGAAGAAAGUGCUUUUAAAUCUAAGUCUAUUUAGAAAAUUCAGUGGAUAUCGGCCCUUCAUGUACAAUGUCACUGUAGAUUUCUGUGAUUACAUCCGAAAUCCGAAAAGAUUUCCUUGGUUUGGCAUAGUACACGACGCAAUGGUCAACUUUACUAAUGCGAAUCACAGUUGUCCUUAUAAUCAUGAUAUUAUCGUAUCAAAAAUGGUCUUAAGUGAUAAAAUGCUGGAGAAGACCCCUUUUCCAACAGGAUCGUAUAUGUUCCAACUUAUUGCUGGCAAUCCCAAAUGGCAGGGCAUUACACAAAUUAUGACAGAUGUUGUUGAAGUUGAGAGAUAA